CACACCUAUUUCCAGGCAAACCCGGAGAGCGUGGAGAUGGAUCAGAACCUGGAGCAAUACAAGGCUCUGGAGGGCACCAACCUGGACCACUUUGUGGACAGAGAGGCACGGCCACAUCAGAGGUCCUUCUCAGCGGGGGUGAAGCUGUAUGACAAUGCAAACUAUGAGGAGGCCAUCUCCCUGUUCGAGGAGGCCCUCCAGGAGUACUACAGGGCUGACAUGGAGUGUCGGGCCCUCUGCCAGGGGCCCCAGAGGUUCGAGGAGCAGGACCAUGUCCUCUACCGCUACAGCCUCUACCAACUGGUCUCAGUCAAUUUCAAUAUUCAAUACCGUUUUCAAUUCAAACAAGCUUUAUCGACACAAGAACCUCACAACGUUGCCAAACAAUACAACAGAACAAAACAAAACACUACUGUCUGUUUCAUAAUGUCUUUUUAUCUCUCUGUCUCUCCAGUUAACAUGGUUGAGGAGGCCUUGGAGUGUGCCCAGUCCUACCUGCUGUUCCACGAGGGGGACGAGUUUAUGACAGAGAACGUGGAGUACUAUCGAGAGGCUAUAGGUCACGACCUCAAACCCCGGGAGAAGGCUGAGUGGUACCUGCGGCGCCAUGAGCAGGAGCUGGAGCUACUGAUGAUCGGCAGUGAGAACAUGCACGUGGAGCUUACAGAGGGGCAUUACUGGACCAGCACAGGAGGCAGAGAGGAUUCCAACAGGAUCCCUUCUGGUACUGAUGGAUGGAUGGAGUACGUGCCCAUCUCAGAGAAGAAGAACUUCACCCUGGCCCCGCCACAGGAGCUCAGAGAAGGAGGGCCCCUGGUUUAUGACAGUGUGCAGCUGAUCCAGAACUCACAGGCUCUGAACGGAACUCAGAGGGUUCUCCUGGAUGAUGUCAUGUCUGUGGAGGAGUGCGCCGAGCUCAAAAACCUGGCCCAUACUGUCACUAUGGCAGGAGAUGGAUACAGAGGGAAGAUGUCUCCUCACACACCCAACGAGAGGUUUGAGGGAGCCACUGUGCUAAAAGCACUGCAGUACGGCUAUGAGGGCCGUGUCCCUCUGAAGAGCGCUCGUCUGUUCUAUGACGUCAGCGAGAGGGCCAGGCGCAUCAUCGAGUCUUACUUCCUGCUCAACUCAACACUUCACUUCUCCUACACACACCUGGUGUGCCGUACCGCCAUCACAGGGCAACAGGACCAUAGAAAUGACCUGAGCCAUCCCAUCCACGCUGACAACUGUCUGUUAGACCCAGAGGCCAACGAGUGCUGGAAAGAACCACCAGCCUAUACCUACAGAGACUACAGUGCUCUGUUGUACCUGAAUGGAGACUUUGAGGGCGGGGAGUUCAUCUUCACAGAAAUGGAUGCCAAAACAGUCACAGCUCAGGUGAAGCCAAAGUGUGGUCGUAUGGUGGGCUUCUCGUCUGGAGGGGAGAACCCCCAUGGGGUGAGGGCCGUCACCAGGGGGCAGAGGUGUGCCGUGGCCCUGUGGUUCACCUUGGACCCCCUCUUCAGAGAACUGGAGCGUCUACAGGCUGAUGAGGUGGUGCAGGCAUUGGACAACCAGAGCAGCCAAUCAAAGUGGGACACGAGCCUCAACAUCAACCCCAAAGAUGAGCUGUAGUAGCCAACCAACACCCAGCUCUGCAUCCCCCAAAUCUUUAUCUGUCUACCCAAAUCUUUAUCUGUCUAUUUAUUUAAUGAAGUUUGGAUCAGAACAAUUUUAUUUUUGUACUGUUUGAUGUGCAAGGUUAUAUCGUUGUUGUUCUUAGUUUUGUUGUCGUCGUGGCUUUAGUGUUGUUGUGAUUUUUAUUUCUGUAAAUACCAGUACUUGAGUUCCCAUUUGCGUCUUGGUUUUUCUCUCUAGUGACUAUCUCUGUUGGGUUGAAACCCAGUCGUUGUGCCUUACACUUUAAAGUUCCAGGUCAUUUUGUGAUGAACUUUAAAGUUCCAGGUCACUUUGUGAUUCAUAUAUGAGGUUGUUACAAUACCACCCUGUCCUACAUACGUCCAGUUCUUACUGCACUGUGAACAAGCCAAAGAGAAGAAAGCCAGUUGACAUUGUUUCUCUGUUAGAAAAAAUAAAUAAAAUGUCUGUUUAUGCUUUGGUUUAUAACGUUUAAAACAUGCACUCGUAAAACAAUAUUUCUUUCAGGCGGUGUAAACACAGUAAAUGUUUAUCUAUUUAUUCAUUGAAAUAUUGUCUUGAAUAUGCAUUUACCGAGAGAAAGAUGUCGGGCAUUAUUUUUACAAACAGGGAGCUAUAAUCCUUUUCAGUGACGGACAGUAAUGUCUGAUCUUAUCUGUCCCGACUUUAUGUGCACUUCUUGUUUGUAGUGUGAUAAAGACGUCAUCACUCCCUAGCUCUGGUCCAUGACGUUAGUGCAUCUUACUAGUGUUAGCAAGCCUUAGUAACGCCUCGGACCAGAGCUAAUCCCUCCGUUCAGUGUAAUCGAACACAGAGUAAGAUAACUGUUUACAAGUUAGCUGACAGAGUGGUGUGUGUUUUAAAGAUAGACAGCUGCUAUUGCAAUUGUUGGCAUUUGAUAUUAGAACCUUUUUAAUAAAAGAUGUCAUUUAUUCCUGUUUAAAGGAAUUAUUAUUUUAAGGUGGCGUAACAAGUGUCCUUUCCUUUCAAAACGUCCUCAUUUCAUGGGUAACAAUAGACAGGCGGGCACGCGCACUGUUAUAGUCCAAUGGAAAGAAUGUGCCUUGUGUGUACUGUGAUAUUUCAAUGAUACAACUGCUAACUAAAUGUAACUUAUCAUUUUAAGAUAAUAGAGUAGGGUUUUAGCUUAUCUUUUGAUAGGGAGGAUGGCCACUUUUGUCUAACUAAUAUUUAAAUAUGAAUUGCUGUAACACAAACAAAUUGUUGUAUCCAUCUCUUUUGUUGUAAUGUGUACUUAUAAAUUAAAAAGACAAUAUUGCAUAAAAUA